AUGAUACAAAUUGCUAAAGUUCCAAACUCGAAAUGGGAUUAUGACGUCUUUAUUAGCUUCCUCAAACGAAGAGUCGAAGACAACACAGAAUCAAGAGGCAAGCCAGUUCUGUGCAUUUUCAGUGAUGCUUCAGAAAGUGCAUAUGGUACAUGUGCGUACCUUAGAUGGCGGACUGAUGACAAUAAGUAUGAGGUGCGGUUUGUGGCAGCUAAGUCAAAGGUAGCACCACUCAAGACUUUGACGAUGCCUCGUCUCGAACUUCAAGCAGCAGUAGUAGCCGCGAGACUUUACAAGGCAAUCAGCGAGGAGAUAAGGCUGGAGAUAGAGAAGGUGGUUUUCUUCGUUGACAGCAUGAUUGUUUUCCACUGGAUCAAGUCGCCUGCGAGAAGCUUCAAGGCGUUUGUGUCAAGCAGAGUGGGGGAAAUUCAGAGUUUAACAGAUCCCUCACAGUGGAAGCACAUCCCAGGAACUUUUGCAAUUUUUAUCAUGGUCAGCGAACCAUAG